AAUGGGAAUGGGAAUGGGAAUGGGAAUGGGAAUAUAUUAUUUAUUACACUCAGCCUCCCAGGGCCCUUCUCUGCCCUUCUCUCUUCCCCCUCCCUGCCAUGCCUGCCAUGCACGCCCCCUCCCCUCACAUCCCCAUACCCCGCCAGUCGUCCCCCCAUGACAGCCCCGCCUUCUACCACAUCUUAUCACCCUCCUCCCCCUACAUCGACACAGCUGGGCAUCGCAGUCCCACCCACCCCCUGUUCCCCUACACGGAUGGUUCAAUUCCACCUCCCCCCACCUUCAGCUACGUUCCAUCUCCCCCUAUCUUUGCCCCAUGGCCAUCCCUUCUCCAGCAAAACCCCUACCCUCCCCCUUCCGCACCAAUGCCGCACAAAGUAUGGAUUCUGGAUUGCAGGGCCUGCGACACCUUCUUGACCAACCGUGGAAUGAAGGCCGUUUUGCUGUUGAGACCCAACGUCUCUCUUUACUCGACAGAUGCACUCCCAGCAAACUGUUCCGCUUACUCAACAAACCCCGAUGCCCUGCGUUCCCCACCUUGCCGUCCUUUCGCAGCCCCGCGCACCUGCGAGUGCCUGACUCAAACCCUUUGUUGCCAUACCUGCGGGUCAUCCAUAGGCUACAUGAUCGUGGUCCCCUGCUCUCGGUGUACCUCGGUAACCGCGAACAAUCGUGCCACCAACGGCCACCGUUUUGUUUUUCAUUCGAGCGAGGUAAUUGCUACUGUUCGACAUUACAUCCCCAACGAGCCCGGCGUUAUUUCCGUGGAUCACCACCCGCAACCCCCGUCUUCCCCUCCUCCCCUGACACCCGCACAUCCAGCGCUUUUUGGUACGUCUUUGGAAUUAACUACGGACGAUCGAACGAGGUCACCUUCGCUUCAAUCCCCCGACGCUGAUCUAGAGGCAACGAUUACGCGAAAUUCUCACUCCUUGGCCUCUUCCCGUUCGGAUUCGCCUGAACUCUCACCCUUAUCCUCUUUACCUCCAACUUCACCACCGUCCUUACUUGCGACCCCUCCAUCCCAAAUUCCAUACCCGGGAGACGUCCGGAGCAUGCCCGGCGAACCCCCUGCGCGGAAGCUUAGGGCAGGGGACGUGCUGUAUUGGCACCAACUAUCAAAAACCGGGGAAAUACCGGGAGUGGAGGAGGAUCCGCGUGCCAGAAUUCCAAAUUGGAGCCAUAUAUACCGACUUCUUGACCGAUGAGAGACACAGCCGGCCACUAAUAAAGCAGAAGCAUUUGUUUCCUUUGGGCGCGUAUCUUGACGGUAGUAAUUUAUUCCCGAUCGAUUUGGUUUCACUGCUUUCCCCUAUGCACCAUGUUUUCAUAACGACCUCGCGUAGAUAUGUAGAUGUAGAUAUGUAACUGAUACCCACAGUGCCGUUCCCAUAGCUGUCAACCCACGCUCAGCCACAGACAUAUUUCAGUUUGUGAUCGCGUAUAUCGUAUGUCAUUUGGUUGUUAUUGGGAUCUUUGUACGGAUACAUGCUUGCUUUACCAUGAUAGAUCACUCGUCACCAUGUCAAUAUUUCCUGCUCUAUGCAUAGAUUGUGUAUAAUGAUGUUCGGUCGAUGUUUAUGUGUCCAAUUGGCAG